AUGAGGACCCAACGCAGCAUUGCUCUGCAGUGCCUCGCACUCAUGUUGCUCGCUCUCUGCGCGCUCGUCUCGGCACAGCAGAGCGGGUCUCAGACUGCUUCGUCGACACAAGCAUCUGCUACCAGCAAUGCGCCUGCAUCGAGUGGUACUGCCACAUCCGCAACAUCAGCAUCAGGGUCCAACGUGGCAUCUGGCACAGGCUCCAGCACUGGCAGCGGCUCCUCCAUCACGGGCUCAGCUGGCUCCACAAGCAGCGCCUCGUCGACCAGCACCACCCCGACCACCUUCCCCAUCGCAAGCGUUCCGACCACCGGCUACUUGGCAGGCACAGCAGCGGCUCCCGUCCCAGGAGGCGGCUCAGGCGCUCAAGGCACAGCCGCAUUGGGUCCCAACGACAGUCACAUUGUUAGCGCCGGCGCGAUGCUGCGCGCUUCGCUACCGGCUAUCUCGGCGAGCAUCGUUGCGGCGGGCGUGGGUGUCUGGAUUCUGCUUUGA